AUGGAGCAGCGGGGAAACCAGGCCGGUUCCUAUGUGAAGCUCCGCAGGGCAGCGAUGGAUGUGCUGGGAGGAAAUAGUUGGAAUUCCUCAGGCGCCUGCUGGGGAGGCCGAAGCCGGGUCACGGACGGGGCCCGGCUCUCACACCCGCUUCUCUCCUGCAGGUCCAACCGCGACUGCCAGAUCGACCAAUGCGAGUGCUGCGGCCUGAAGAAGUGCUUCCGCGUGGGCAUGAGGAAAGAAGCCGUGCAGCGGGGCCGGAUCCCCCCCAGCCACUCCAGCACCAGCCCCAACACCCUCCCCACCUUGAUGGCGGCCGCCGGCUUCCACGCGUCGCCCAUGUCGGCCGACCGCGUCGUCUCCUUCAUGGACCAGAUCCGCAUCUUCCAGGAUCAGGUGGAGAAGCUCAACCGGCUGCAGGUGGAUUCGGCCGAGUACAGCUGCCUCAAAGCCAUCGCACUCUUCACACCGGACGCCUGUGGCCUCUCGGACCCGGCCCACGUGGAGAGCCUGCAGGAGAAGGCGCAGGUGGCCCUCACCGAGUACGUGCGCUCGCAGUACCCGUCGCAGCCGCAGCGCUUCGGGCGGCUGCUGCUGCGAUUGCCCGCGCUGCGCGCCGUGCCCGCCGCCCUCAUCUCCCAGCUCUUCUUCAUGCGCCUCGUGGGCAAGACGCCCAUCGAAACACUAAUCAGGGACAUGCUGCUCUCUGGGAGCACCUUCAACUGGCCCUACGGCACGGGGCAGUAGGGCUGCAC